AUGUUUGCUGCGCAACUUCUUAUCCUCAUGGUCGCAUACGCUCAUGCAUCAGACUCGACGCAUACACUAGAAUGGUCAAGCCCCGUGGCAGGGACCAAUUUCUCUUCAGGCGAUAUUAUGCGCCUACGCGGGCGAUUCGAGGAUCAAAAGCGAGAGAGUGGCAGUGAAAGUGCGGGCAAUAAUGAUGGCCUCGGGAGCUGCGGAGCGGCUAUCUGGCCUGCUGUCAAAGGCGAUGACGAUCGCGUGUCUACGGUAUCAAUGAUUGCACCGACCGUAGCCACCGAUUUAGAAUAUUUUAUUCGUAUGGAGGAUAACUUCAGCAACGUCUACAUCUCACCUGUAUUCGCUCUAUCUCCCAAGCUUCACAACGCCUCUAGCAAUAAAUCCAGCGAGAGCGAGGCAGCCACGAACGGAGCGGUGAAUAAUACUGCCCUUCCACCGCUGGCGGUGCCUACCUCGGCGCCCGCGCCUCCCGUCGUUCCUCCUCCGGUAGACAAUCCACAAUAUCCUAUCAGUGCGCCUAAUCUCGGCUCCAACCCACCCCCGUCGAGUGAUGCUUCUCCCCUGCCCCCGUUAUCGAAGCCUGCAGCUACCGCACCCGCGCCAAUAACUCCCGCUCGUCCCGCUGCGGCGCCGUAUGGGCCUACUGCGCUUGGUACCCCCAGCUUUCUCGCAGCCCAUUCUACCCCGCCUGUUGCUGCCAUCGCCGUCCCUGCUUCCAUCGCGGGCGCAAUCAUUCUUUUGGCCACCGUCCUCUCUCUAGAUCGAUAUAUGAAGCAGCGUCGUCUGCGAACGAGUGAAAAAGAGGCCCUUUCGUCCAAAUCGCUCGCUACAGAGAAACUGAAAGCCGACGACGAGGAGAGAAAGUAUUACCAUGAUCGCUUUGCUCCGCCGCCAUUGUACAUGCCUACUGUCGAGUACACCCAAGUCCCACGGAGGAUGACAAGACAGGCAUUUGCUGCUCGUAUACAAGGCGGUAAUCCGAACUACGGCUACGCGUAUCCGGGAAACCGCUAUGUAGGUCCUAGGCAUUCACCGUCCAACGCAUCCUCUUUGUACUCUGCAGCUUCGGUGCGCACGCCUUCCCCCCAUUCCCCGCAUUUCUCUCUGCCGCCCAUGCGUACUAUGCCAUCCCCGCCAUCACUCCCUCUUCCGUACACGUAUACGUACGAAAGGCAGGAGGAGCCGGUCCCCGUAACGCAAUCCAUUCUCGCAGAUUAUCUCCUCCCACCUUCGGCACAACCGCAGCAACCUGAAAGGCUGAUACCGAUGCCCCAGCGAGCGUAUGUGAGGAGGGUUGAUGAACUGCCGCCGUUGAGUGAUAAUCCGUACGUACGCAGCUCGGGGCCCUGA